UGUUAUAUGUCAAAUGUUAAAAUUUAUAAUCAAAAUACAGAAUAACCGUAUCAUAUAAUAAAAGUUAAAUAAAUAUUUAAUGAAUAGAAUAACUUAAAAUGAGCACAAUUAACCGGAAAGGGCCGAUAAUAGACCCAGGUGUGUGUCGAUGUUGUGGUUGUUUAAAGAAAUGUCGAAUAAUUAAUAUUGAAUAUGAGUGGCAGGGGCAAAAAGAAAUAUAUUCAGAUAUGUUUAUGGACUGUUUCGGACUUCUAUUAUCACAUUUAGAAGGAGGUCCUGAAGAACGUUUGAUAUGUGCAACAUGUGUGAGCCGAUUAAGAGAAGCCUGUGCAUUUCGGAAGCAAGUACUGCGCUGUGAGGAGCUUCUGCUCAGUGCUAAAAUACAUUUAGAUAAUGAUGUUGAAGAGAGUAAAGAAGGAAUUAAAGCAGAUAUUAAAAUAGAGAGUAUUGUUGAAAAUGAAGUUGUCGAGGAAGAUCACAACAAUGAGGCUGUACUCAUUCCAGACUCAAAUAACGAACCAGAUGUGAACUCGAAGAAAAAGAGUUCGGUGAAAAAGGACAAAGUUUUGAAACGUAAACGGAAAACUAAAGUCACUGUUAAUAAAGAGAAACACGAACUGGUGACGCGAAUGCAAAAAGUCAAGAAGUUAAAAGAUGCAGAUGUCCCAGAACAAAAAGGGAAUGCAAAGACUAAAAAUACCAACGACAAUGAAAUGAUGGCUCGACAUAAUACUAUAUGUAUUGUAGAGAAUUCGUAUGUUUGUCCAUUUGAUACUUCUUUUAGCGAUUAUUUCUGCAUUUACUGUAGGAAACAAUUCACAGAUCCGAAUAAACUUAGGGAACACACUAUGACACACGAUCCACAAAUAUACAAAGAUCUCCCACAGAAAAAAACACUUCAAAUCGAUAUUCUAAGAAUCGAUUGUAGACUUUGCACACAAAGAAUCGAUAAUAUAGACGAUUUGAAACGUCACAUCACUAGUAUACACCAUAAAGUUCUUUAUCCAAACAUAGAUAAUGAAUUUUUGAAAUUCCGUCUCACGCCUGUCAGAUUAAUUUGCACAGAGUGUGAUGAAUCUUUUACAUUUUUUCACGCUUUAAAAAAACAUAUGGCUGAACACUUCGGUACUUGCAUUUGUGAUAUAUGCGGUGCACAUUAUUUCCAAGAGAGAAUGCUUAUACUCCAUCAAAAAACACAUCAGAAAACAGACGAAAAUUAUCCUUGCAAAGAAUGCGGAAAGUUGUUUAAAUCGAAACAUAACAGAUAUUUACAUAUAGCUAGAACACAUAAAAAAGAGCCAGCAUAUCCUUGCACCAAAUGCGAUGAGGUUUUAUUCUCGUAUACUUUAAGAUAUCGUCACAUGAUUGAAGUUCAUGGUAUUGAGAGGUUAUUUGAAUGCGAACAAUGCGAUAGAACUUAUGAUAGUAGGAAAUCUUUAAGAGAACAUAAUAGGAGGUUUCAUUUAAAAAUAUUUAAACAUCAAUGUGAUUUAUGUGAUAAAAGGUUUUAUCUGCCUUCAAGGUUAAAAGAACAUAUAGCGUCGCAUAGUGGCGAAAGAAAUUUUCGUUGUGAAUAUUGUGGCAAAAGUUAUCCAAGGUUACGUGGACUUAAAGUUCAUAUGCAAUCUCAUAGCACUGAAAAAAAAUAUAAAUGUACUUUAUGCAGUGCAUCUUUUACACAGAAUGUUAAUUUAAAAAAUCAUAUUAAAAGACAACAUCAAACCAUGGAAGAGUAUCAUGAAUAAUUAGUCUGUUAAUGUUUGAACAGUGGUAGAGCGAGCUUUAACAUCUUCGCACGAA